AUGCAGAAUACCCCAGUUAUAAAUAUUUCCCCAGCUGAACAAGCUGGUCGAAUCAUCGGGGGGCAUGAGGUGGCCCCCCACUCCCGUCCCUACAUGGCAUCUGUGCACUUCAAAGGCCAGCACCACUGUGGGGGCUUCCUUCUCCGUGCCCAGUGGGUGGUCUCAGCUGCCCACUGCUUCAGGGACAGGGACCCCCGUGCCGGGCUGGUGGUGCUGGGGGCCCAUGACCUGCGGCUCGCUGAGCCCACACAGCAGGUGUUUGGCAUCAAGGAGGUCUUCUGCCAUCCCCACUACAACCCAUCUACGCACUCCAAUGACAUCUGUCUGCUGAAGCUCAAUGGCUCAGCCGUGCUGGGCAGUGAGGUGGCACCGCUGCAGCUGCCCCGGAGGGCCGCGGUGCCCAAGGUGGGGGCGCGCUGCCGAGUGGCCGGUUGGGGCUCCGUGUCGGACUUCCAGGACCCGCCCCCGGGGCUGAUGGAGGCGCAGGUGUGCGUGCUGGGCCUGGGCGCGUGCAACAGCUCCUGGGGUGGCCUCCUGAGCCCCGCCAUGCUCUGCACACGCAGCAGGGACCACCGGCGCCGAGGCUUCUGCUCGGCUGACUCCGGGGGACCCCUGGUGUGUGGGAGCAGGGCCCACGGCCUCGUCUCCUUCUCAGGCUUCUGGUGUGGCGACCCCAAGUACCCGGAUGUGUACACGCAGGUGUCUGCCUUUGUCACCUGGAUCUGGGACGUUGUCCGGCACUCAGGGCACAGCAUUGCACAUGCAUGA